AUGGUAGGUGGUGGUACCGGAAAUGGAGCAACCAAUACCGCUGGUGCGGGUGCUGGGUACACUAUAGGCAUUGGAGGCGCAGGUGCCACUGGUGCCGGGUACACGGUAGGUCCAGGUGGUGGUGGUGCCGGGUACGCAACAACCUCUGCUGGUGGAGUCUCUGGCGAAGGUGGAGAUGGUAGUGCUGCCAGCGACGUUGCAUCUGGGCAAGAGCCGACCACUGAGGCGGUGCUGGAUACGGGGCCAGAGGUGGAAGAGAGGACUGCGAUUGAUACUGUACUAGUGGAUGUGGCUGCGUCUAGUACUGAACCAGAGGCUGGAGUUGCCAAUACUGGACUAGGAGCUGAGGCUACAGCUGAUAUAGAAAUCCUACAACAGAACUCUGUGACCCACACCGGGCGCAAUGGAUGUCACUGGCGGGUUGUUUCUGGGUCUGCUGAGGAGGCCAGAAACAUCGUGAUGAAGACCGCCUCGACUUCUGAGGCUGACCAGAUGCCCCAUAAGUUUCCUGACCUGUCCGACUACGACCACUCUGCUAUCAAGGGAGAUGUAGCCAUCGUCCUUCAAUUGGAGAGUCCCGUCGAUACCAUAGUUAAAAAGGCGGACAACAAGGGAGUCCAGUCAGAAGAAGGAGUCGGUAGUGCAGCCUCCCUCUCAGGAAUCUCAGAGGUGGAUGAUUCCCCCCGCUCGGAAAGGGGAGCUGAAGUUGCCAAGUGGGAGGAUGAUUCCACUCGGUGCUGCUUGCGACAUUGGAUCAGCGGCUCGCCAGAAGUGGCCGACUCAGAUGGGACCGCGAUUGGCACCAUAGAUGGGUGCUCAGGCGGUAGCUCACCAAUAUGA